AUGACGGACGCCACUUCAGGCGCCCCUGCACCCAAGAAACGGUCCCUCUUCAAGCGAGCAGCAUGGCAAGAUGCCGGAAAGAAGGAAAAUGAGGACAUAUUCAGUCACUCUAACGAGUUCAGUAAUAUAGUCGCAGAAGAGAACAGGCAAAAAGAAGAAGCUAAAAGGAAACUCGCCGAGGCCAAGAGAAAGGUCGAAGAGGAGCAAAGGCGCGAACAGACUGAGAAGCAAGACAGGAAGGGCAAAAGGCGCAAAGUUUCAAUCGACUACGAUGAACCAAUCUUGCUUUGUGACGACUCUGCAGAACCUGGGAGAAUAAUUCAAUCACGGAGAAAAGGCAGGACAUCCCUCUCCCCAGCCGCACCCGUACCACCGCCGAAAUCGCUCGUAGCGCGAUAUGACAAUGUUGCAAGGACUACUCGGUCGCAGGGACUGCCGACCCAGCCCAUCAUUGUGGACCUGGGCCCCUCAGACGAUGAUGAAGAUUCUGGGUACAAAUCGAAGUCUUUUGGCGACACGGAGGAUGACAUCGCGUACGGCUUCAACGUUGAGCAUGGCAUAGCCUUGCGCACGUCGAACAGUGCAGUGCCCGACGACGAUGACCUCGAGGAGGUUCAGGAUCCAGAACUGGCAGCUAUAGAAGCGAGGGCAAGAGCAAGGGCGGCAGCAAAUAAAGCAGCAGCAGCGAGUGGCAGCAAGGCACCUAUCGCGGAACUCUUUAUCGCUUCGGAACUACCGGACACGAAUGCACUCAUGGUGAAGGUUCGCAUAGACAGUACAAUCGAGAAGUCGCGUGAGGCCUGGUGCGCCAGGCAGAACUUCACAACAGAGAUGACACGGGAUGUCUUCUUCACAUGGCGGGGGACAAGAAUCUACGACAGCACAACCGUCAGGCGUUUAGGAGUCAAGGUAGACGAUCAUGGCAAUAUCUCUAUUGAAGGCGACGACUCGAUAUACGACCAGGAGGGAAACACACCCAAAAUCCACGUCGAAGCUUGGACAGACAUCGCGCUCGCCCAGCACAAGCGAGAGGUCGCCGCAGAAGAAGAAGCGAAGCGAAAAGCAGCUGAGCCGACCUCUAUAGUCGAAGAGCGCGAUCCUACACCCGAGCCUGUACCCGAAGCAAAGAAGUACCGCCUGUUCCUGAAAGCGAGGGGGAUGGAAGACUUCAGGAUUCAAGUCAAGCCGGAUACGACCUUCGAGAAGCUCGCCAAUGCAUUCAAAGCAAGUCGUAAGAUCGCCGAGACACAGCCUCUUACACUCAUGUUCGACGGCGAGCGUUUGUCCCCGAUGGAUACUAUAGCAGAUAGCGAGCUGGAGGACAUGGACUCGAUCGAUGUACUGCUCAGGUGA